ACGUCACGUUGUGACGCAGACAUGGCAACCGCUCAUGAACUGUUGUGCGGUUUUAUCGUUGUUUGUUUUCUAAGAGCUAAUACUUCUUUAGAGAUCGUACAUGUUUAUUAACUUUAACUACUUUAUUAUUUUAAGGUGGUGGUUUGGUGGUUACGUGGGUCUCUAAUAAUGAAGGAGUUAAUGAAAGGAUGAAAAUAAUGAAGUUUUGAGCGGCACGGCAGUGCUCGUUCGCGAAGCGCCUCCUUUUGGUAUCUGGUCGCUCGCGCGCGCGCAUCAGUGCAACAGCAUCGGAAAGCAUUUCAGUUUAAAUAUAUACGUUGUAUAUGUUUGUUAUGUAUUAAUCCACGAAGCAAUGGUGACCACCUUUUGAAACUCCAAAACUUCCAAUGAUUAGAAAUGGACAAAUACACAGCUUGUGUAUGGCCACGUCUGGAACCCUUUCUAAUGGGGGUGCUUCCUGCCACACCUCCAAGCAAAUUCAGCAUGCAUUAUCUGCGCAAGAUGGCUUGUUACGUCCGGUCCCGGGACGGCUGCUUCCCCAGGCUCGGCUGGCACAUGUGGCGACACAUUGCUUGUGGCAAACUGCAGCUGGCGGAGGAGCUUGCCUGGUUGUAUUUCGAAACUUUUGACCUGUUGAUGCCUCGUUCUGCAGAGCAGAGAUUAGAGUGGGCAGAAGCUCUGUCGCAAAGCCAUACUCCUAAGGAACUGGACAGGCAGCGUUGUAAGCUGUCAGUGGACACUCUGCAGUUUCUGCUCUUCCUGUAUCUACAGCAACUAAACCGAAUCUCUCUCCGCACGUCACUGAUUGGGGAAGAGUGGCCGAGUCCCAGAUCACGAUCUCCCUCUUCCUCCUCUGAGAGAGACGCCAAAAUAAGCUCACAAAAUAAGAACUGGGAUGACCAGGCUCAUCUUACGUUCAUCCAGACACACCUGUCUGAGCUUUUGGAGUUACUAGUAGAGCCAGGCCAGCUGAGCACUUCUGGACAGGUUCUGCGUGACAGCCAGCUCACUUCAGAGGCCCUGGAAAGCCUCAGUUUGUUGUUGGAAGGAUCUGUGAGCCAUAGCCGUACCGUGCACCCAAUCCACAAGCUCCUCAGCCGCUCAACACUGCAGUCCCAGGCAGGAUACUCCAAACUCAGCCGCUCCUACUCUCUGCAGCAGUUCCAGGGGUUUCUGCAUCAAGCCCUUUGUCUCAAUCCCUUCGGCAUUUCCACCUGUUUAGAGUCGGGAAAGAAACUGACAUGGGCACAGCAAGUAGAGGGCACCCUAAAAAAAGCCAAAAUAUUCAGAAAUACACACAUGGCUCCUCCAGGAAGUCGAUUGUUGCUCAUGUCACAGGUCUGCAAACAGACGCUGGCCAAAGAUUCUGAAAAGCUGAAUAAUUCCAACAUCAAACUCCACCGCUGCAGUGAGGCUUUCAUCUACCUUCUCUCUCCUUUGAGGUCUGUGACCUUGGAUAAGUGCAGAAACAGUACAGUGGUAUUCGGCCCGGUGGGAACCAGCGUCCACAUUCAGAGCUGUGAGAAUGUUCGUGUGGUGUGUGUGGCCGGCCGGCUGACGAUAGGCGGCUCUUCUCAUUGUACAAUCCAUGCCCUCACCCCUACUCGACCCCUUCUCCUUCCUGGGAAUGUGUCUCUCACACUGGGCCCCUUCCACACACAUUAUCCCACUCUAGAGGAUCACAUGGCUAGUGUGGGCCUAGCUGUGGUUCCAAAUUUAUGGGACCAGCCUCUGCUGUUUGGAGCCGAGGGUUCUGCUACAGACACUGGCUUCUACCGCAUCCAGCCCCCCUCUGAGUUUUACCCGCUGGUGAUACCCUUUCAAAUGGAGGGGGAUAACUGCGAAAUCCCUUGGGGCCUGCCAGCAGAUUACCAGAAGGCCUUGGAGAGCCGAGAGAAGAUGAUAGAGGAAUGGCAGAAGACUGUGAAGGAAGCACACCUAAACAAGGUCCAGAGGCGGCAGUUUCAGGCCGUAGUGGAGCAGAAGUUUCAUGAGUGGUUGCUUGCGACAGGACAAAGACAAGAGCUGGACAGCCUCCUCCCUCCUGUCCUCACCCCCUCCACAUCUGUGGACCACCGGCCUUCCAGCCACAACUCCAACCCUGGACCAACGGUACUCAAAGAACAAGCACCCGAACAAGCAAUGGGACGAGCACCAACCGUUUGCUAAGGGAACAGCGAAACAACCAAAAGCUGAUUUUUGCCGUCUCUGAUCCUCAAACAUUAGUGUUCUUUUUGUAUGAAGACUGUCAAUGCUGUAUCUAGUUUUGAUAGGGACUUUGUCCUGUCACAUUAUUGACAUCUAGAAAAAUCUAUGCUGGAUUAGUGAUUAGAGUUGCUAUAUUAUUACUGCAGUUUUCAGAUUAUGCAUUAUGCUAAUUUUUGUUACGAAACACCAGUGAUUCCAGAGAAGCAUUAUUUAAAUAAAACAGAAAAGGGACAGAUUGCUGCCUUUAUUGGAAUUUAGAGGAUACAGGGAUGAGAUAUGUACUGUAAUUAUUGACACAUGUCGAUCUCAAUUGGUACGUGGCAUAACACAUACACUCACUGAAGAGUUGAAUGCCUUCACAUGGCCAGUAUGAAAUGUUAAUAUUUCUCCUUUGCUGUAUGUUCACAAUGCCUUGCACUGUAAUUGCACUAUUACUGUAUCUUCACCAUACAGAUUCCAACAACGCUGUCACUUAAAAUGUCUCUCGACUGUAUUAAUGUCUUAAGUUAACAUUUGAAAUAUGUUUGAAUCAGCAUUUUAUAGUUUAGUGUACAUAUUCUAUAGACAUCUGUGUAACACAAAUCAACUUUGGUUUCUUAAAGGUGAAAUGGUUUGGUUGUUUAAUAAACCAUAGCUAUUAUCAUAUUCUCUUUUGAAGACAAUUUUUAGCUAUUUGGACUUCAGACUCCUUGUAUCUUACCUUUGAGCUUUAAUGGCCGUAUUGAAUCAGUAGCACUUACCUUUAGCUUGCUGAAUGACUAUAUGUGUGUAAUGCAUCUUUAAAUCAUCAAGCAGCAAUUCUUUUUCAUCUUA